UUAGUUUUUUUUAAUGUAUCCUUUGACUAUCUCUGAUCCAUUUAAGACAUGCAAUGUCGAGCGAAGCACUUCAACUCAGUGUGGCGGUAUUUCUAAGCCCUGUGACCCAAGACCCCAAUAACAAUUAGGUUUUAGGACAGUGUAGUGUGCCAUCGGUGCUCAGAUACAUUUCAUAUCCAACGGUGUCCAAAAGCCAGACGAGAUUAAUUCCGAGACGAUGACGAAAAGGUGUACUGGGUUCGCUAUUUAGGGAAACUCACGGAGUCCUAGGUAUUAAGAACACGCGAAGAAAAAUGCGUGUACAUAUCGAAGCAGAAGUUGAGAUGAGAUGAGAUGAAAGGGAUAUGGAGAUGGUUGACCCGUCGGAAGACAGUGGACCUUCCCGGCCAUGCGAGGAAAUGCCUCGGCCUCAUCGACUAUUUAUGCCUCGGAUUGAGCAUAACGGUGGGAAGCGGAGCAUAUUUGGCCUUACUCCACUGGGUCGACAGAGCGGCCGGGCCCUCCAUCAUCCUCUCCGCCCUGCUCACCUCCAUUACCGCAUUCGCCGCAGGUCCAAUUUUCAUCAUUCAUCUACCUGCCCGCCUCCCUUCCGCCUAUGCUUCUCUUUUCAGACAAUGUCCAUCGCCGGGAAGGUUUUCACGAGGAAGGUGUGGUUCAAGCGUCCCGUUCUGUCCGGAGCCGGGGGCCUUCACUUCAUCUACGCCGGAUAUGACGUCAUGUCGGGAUCCCUGAUGGAGGGGAUGGGCAGUGGGAAGGUGAUCGCCUCGGCGAUCCCGGCACAUUUUCUCACCUCCCUCUUUCUCCUCUUCACGUCGUCGGCUGCCUUCACGCUCACCCUUUCGCCGCACUCGGGGCCCCAGCCAGACGCAACGCUUCUCAGGAUCUUCGACCGGCAUCAACUCUCCGGGAUGCAGUAUUUCGUGGGUUUCGGGGCUUUGUGUGGACUGACGGGGGCUCUCUUCUCGCCGCUCUUCGCUGUUGCCCGAAUUAUUCGACCGAUGGGAAACGAUGGAUUGCUAUGGAAACCUUUGGGACAUGUGAGCCCCACGUAUUGCACUCCUUGGCCCGCUGCCAUUCUAUCAGGCCUUCUCACUUCUCUCAUCGCCACCUUCUUCCAGUUGCAAGAGAUCCUGAACAUGUUGAGCAUCGGGACGCUGUGGGCAGGAGCCACGACCAGUCUUUCAGUCCUCAUCCUUCGAUAUCAGGUGGAGAGUCGUUGUUGCUUGGAGGGAGGUGCCAUGUCGUCGCGUGACCCAUCCUCAUUACCGAUGACGUCGUUCAGCGAUGACACCAACGAGACCCAACUUCAGACAUCCCGUGAAGGAAUGCCGGCAUACGGAACCCUUCGGCCCGUCAAGGUGGAGUACAUCAACGAGAACUACGUGACCACCGUGACCGAGGGCAACGAAGUGGUCGAGGAAGAGGAGGCCAGGCCUCCACCCACACCCAAGUCCGCACGGCGGGUGUGGAUCGCCUUAACCCUUUUCAUAUCAAGCACGCUCGGGUGUGGACUGGUUUCGGCGCAUGCGCAGUCGGGGAACCUCCGCACAUCCAUCUGCCUGCUUCUGCUGGCCGUCGGGGCGGGAGCCUCCGUGGUCGUGAUACGUUCGCCCAAACACCAUCCGGACCUAAGGUUCAAGGCCCCCUGCAUCCCCAUCCUUCCCCUCUACUCCUUGGGGAUGCACCUCGCCCUCAUGUGCUUCCUCCCGAACCACAGCUGGUACCGGUUUUUGCUGUGGAACGGGCUGGGCCUCCUCAUAUACUUGACUUAUGGUCGCCGGCACAGCCUGGAGGCCGGGUUCGGCGAUGACCGAAACGGGGAAACGGACGAAGUUCAAGAAGAAUUCCUGGGUGAUGAAGAAUCGUCGCAGUAGGGCCUCUCGUGGGGACCUGUCACGACCGAGAAACACCGAAAUAAAGAUAUUUAUGGACCGG